AUCCACAUCCCAGGUGAGUCCGGGGCCUGGGCUGACCAGUGGCCCUGACAGGGAUGGGGCCCCUGUAUUUGGGCCUCAGUUUCCCCAAGGAGUAGAAUGGCCAUGGUAAGCCUAGUGCACCACCCGGGAGACACUGGGAUGCAGGGGAAGGAUGCGCCUUGGACCCCGUGGCUGGGGAGGAGAGGGGUGACUUGGUGUGUCUGACUCCAAGUCCGCGCUCAGGAGCGUGUCUGUCCCUCCCAGACCGCCUGUUCUGCGCCAUGGGUGGGCCCCGGGUCCUGCUGGCCGUGCUCUGGGCCCUGGGGGCCGCCGGGGCCACGGCGCUGCGCAUCGGAGCUUUCAACAUCCAGAGCUUCGGCGACAGCAAAGUGUCGGACCCGGCCUGCGGCGGCAUCAUUGCACAAAUCCUGGCUGGCUAUGACAUCACGCUGGUGCAGGAGGUGCGAGACCCGGAUCUGAGCGCCGUGUCCGCGCUUAUGGAGCAGAUCAACAGCGUGUCCAGGCACGAGUACAGCUUCGUGAGCAGCGAGCCCCUGGGUCGGGACCAGUACAAGGAAAUGUACCUGUUCGUCUACAGGAAGGACGCGGUGUCGGUCGUGGACACGUACCAGUACCCGGACCCGGAGGACGCCUUCAGCCGUGAGCCUUUCGUGGUCAAGUUCUCGGCCCCCGGCUCGGCUGCGGGGGAGUUCGUGCUCAUCCCGCUGCACGCGGCACCGCACCGGGCCGUAGCGGAGAUCGACGCUCUCUACGACGUGUACCUGGACGUGAUCGACAAGUGGGGCACGGACGACCUGCUGUUCCUGGGCGACUUCAACGCUGACUGCAACUACGUGAGGGAGGGAGACUGGCCGUCUGUCCGCCUGCGCAGCAGCGAGGUCUUCAAGUGGCUCAUCCCCGACAGCGCCGACACCACCGUGGGCAACUCGGACUGCGCCUACGACCGCAUCGUGGCGUGCGGCGCCCGCCUGCGCAGGAGACUCAAGCCCCAGUCGGCCGCCGUGCACGACUUCCAGGAGGAGUUCGGCCUGGACCAGGCUCAGGCUCUCGCCAUCAGUGACCAUUUUCCUGUGGAGGUGACCCUGAAGUCCCACUGAAGACCCUCAAGGCCCGGUCAGGGAUGCUGCUUCCAGACUCAGGCCAGGAGAACAGCCCUGUGGGGCUCCUGGGUGGCUGGCCAGCCCCCAGUGAGGCGGCCGGGCACGGCUGGUUGGACAAGUGGCUACCACACAUCACGGGAACACGCGGCCUGUUUGCCCAUCUGUGCGGCGGGCUACGCCAUCUACCUCGCAGGGUGGUAGAGUGCCGGGCACAUGGCGGUGCUCAAUAAACACGAGCCAGCACUCAGCCAGGACCACAUGCUGGUCGGCGUCCAGGCUCCCGUGUCCUUUCUUGGGACUCCUCUGAGGCCCAAACUUUGGUCCUGCAACCCAGUGGGGUCCUGGGUCCCCGCCCUCUAGGGGACAGGGAUGGCCCGGCCUGCCCCUUUGACUCCUGCUGGUGAACGGACGCCCUCUAGAGCAGGCUGGCCCCAGAAUGCCGCCCCGCGCUUGCCAGUGGAGGCUUGUGCUUUGUGCCGACUGCAAAUGCUUCCAAGAACACGUGCUGAGUGCAGCUGGGGAUAAACACACAGCUUCGAUGCCGACGUGCAAGGCCGACCUCCCAGUGUCUGAUGUCCCCCCUCCCCCCGCUUCCUGGGUCCUGCAGACCUUGCAGACAUUUGAGUGUAUCAGGGGUCCCUGCCCUGCCCAGUAGUGCAGGGAGCAGGCAGUCAGGAGCCCCAGGCCCCCAGCCAGUGGGUGGCCUUGGGACACCUAGGGAGCCCUUCAGUGGUGAGCAGGCUGGACUCCUCACGCAGCCCAGGCAGAUGGGACCCACACACCCCACGUGCACACACUGCCUCUUCUAUGGGGCCACCCUGGGAAGGCUGCUUCUCAGGAGCCCUGGGCUGGCAAGGGUUUGUCA